CAUAGAUAAAAAAUUAGGAGCAAAUUCCAGGAAUCAAUGAUAUGAUUGGCUCAUUAACCCCAGAAAGAAAACGUCAACAAAGCAUCAAAAAUCCUUUCACCAAAGUCUCAACACUCAACGUCAAUUACUCAUUUUCAAUUGAAAUCAAAUCAAAUGAAUUCAACAAAAUAACUAAAAGAAAUUCCAAUUUUUCUCAAGAACAAAAUUAGGAUGAUCACUCAGUUGCUAAUCUUGGUGAAUCUCUUUGCAACUUUCUCUCUUCUACCUGCAACAGCCACCAAUCAGUUUUGUGAGGCUGGAAUUGAUUAUGGAGAAAGUGGGUGUCAAAUUUCAUCGUCAUCAUCAAAGAUAUUGAUUAAAGGAGGAACAGUUGUUAAUUCUCAUCAUCAAGAAGUUGCUGAUGUUUAUGUGGAAGAUGGUUUAAUUAUUGCUGUCCAACCCAAUAUUAAGGUGGGUGAUGAUGUCAUUGUGCUUGAUGCAACUGGAAAGUAUGUCAUGCCAGGAGGCAUUGAUCCUCACACUCACCUGGAUAUGGAGUUCAUGGGUACUCAGACUAUCGAUGACUUCUUUAGUGGUCAAGCUGCUGCAUUAGCUGGUGGUACGACAAUGCAUAUUGACUUUGUCAUACCUGUUGAUGGAAGCUUGACUGCCGGUUUGAAGUUGUACAAACAAAAGGCUCAAAAAUCAUGUAUGGAUUAUGGUUUUCAUAUGGCAAUUACAAAAUGGGAUGAAGUUGUUUCAAAAGAGAUGGAUUUGAUGGUAAAGGAGGAAGGUAUAAAUUCUUUCAAAUUCUUCAUGUUGUACAAGGGGUCUUUCAUGAUAAACGAUGAGCUUUUGAUUGAGGGGUUCAAGAAGUGCAAGUCUUUGGGUGCCUUGCCUAUGGUUCAUGCAGAAAAUGGUGAUGCUGUUUUUGAAGGACAGAAGCGAAUGAUAGAACUUGGCAUCACCGGUCCUGAGGGACAUGCUCUUUCAAGACCUCCUCUGCUUGAAGGAGAGGCAACAGCUCGAGCUAUUCGACUAGCACGUUUUGUAAACACACCUCUAUAUGUGGUUCAUGUGAUGAGCAUUGAUGCCAUGGAAGAAGUAGCCAAAGCACGAAAAUCAGGGCAAAGAGUCAUCGGCGAGCCUGUGGUUUCUGGAUUAAUCCUGAAUGAUUCUGUGCUCUGGGAUCCUGACUUCUCCAUUGCAUCGAAAUAUGUCAUGAGUCCUCCUAUUAGGGCAGCUGGUCAUGCUAAGGCGCUUCAGGGUGCUCUUUCAUCUGGAGUCCUUCAGCUAGUUGGAACCGAUCACUGUACAUUUAGUUCAACACAAAAGGCUUUCGGAAUUGAUGAUUUCCGAAAAAUUCCAAAUGGUGUUAAUGGGCUUGAGGAGAGGAUGCAUCUAGUCUGGGAUACGAUGGUGGAAUCUGGGCAGAUAUCAGCCAGUGAUUAUGUUAGGAUAACAAGCACAGAAUGUGCAAAAAUCUUUAACAUAUACCCGAGAAAAGGAGCAAUACUCCCAGGAUCUGAUGCAGACAUAAUAAUACUCAAUCCUAAUGCAAGUUUCACAAUUUCAGCAAAACUACAUCAGUAUAGGACUGACACAAAUGUCUAUGAGGGGGUAACAGGCAAGGGAAAGGUUGAAGUGACUAUUGCGGGAGGAAAGAUUGUCUGGAAGAAUGGGGAGCUGAAAGCCUUCCCAGGUUCUGGAAAAUAUGUAGAGAUGCCUCCUUUCAGUUAUGUUUUUGACGGUAUUGAAAAAGCAGAUAGCAAUUACCUCUCUUCUCUCCAAGCUCCGGUAAAACGAUCCAGAUCUUCAACUUAAAACUGUAAAUACUUUGUACAGAAAGUUUCGCCUUUAUUUCACUUGCAUCAGUUACUUGAACUGAAUUAAGUAUGAACAAUGCACAUCAUUGUUAAAAUUUUUGGAUCAUACAUGGAAAAAAAAAAGGUUCCUGUGGUGUUACACAAA